AUGGACAAACCGACUCCGAGUGUACACCCCAUCGACACCUUGUCCAAGAAGCUGCGACAGCAGGCGAUGGAGUUGACUCAUGUAUAUGAGGAGCUCGAGAAGCAGAAUCUGCAGAUCGACGACUACAAGCAGCAGAUUCGAGAUCAAAAGCGACAGUUGGAGCAGCUUCGGGCACAGCGAAGGAAGUCAAUCGACGGCAGUUCGAAGACGCCUACCAAUUCACGAGCACUGGCGCUGGAGCAGCAGAAGCGUGCCGCCCAAAUGAUGAUCGGAACGCCCUCCACUGGCGCAUCGCUCGGACAAAAGCGAGGAGAGUUGGAGUGCAAGAUCAAAGAGGCCGACCGUGAGAAGAAGAAGUAUGAGCUUGCUGCUAAGCGUAUUGAGAAGGCGUUGGUGGAGCUGCAAGUGUUUCAGAAUGAUAGGAUGGAGAAGUUUUUCCCCGCUGACGGAGUCACGAACCAACGAGACGACGACAUUGACGCAUCAACCGAUCUGGAGGCUGUAUUGAGCGAGCAGCGAGCGUACAUUCGCGUCCUUGAAGAAGCUGUGCAUCUCAAAGCCACGGACUUCGAAGUCACAGGUCACGAGGAGCUGCUUAUUGUACUUGCCGAGCUGCGGCAUACCAUCUACGAGCAGGAGAGAGAUGUCGAGCAGAAGAAUAACGCGCUUUCGACUAUCCAGGAGCAGCUUGAACAGGAGACACAGCACCACUUCGACACCAAGAGCCUGCUUGCUUCCGUCCACAAGCAGCAAGAAGAGAUGGCUCAGCGCUUCCAAGAGCAGGAGUCUGCGCUGUACGCUAGGAUUAACGAAUUGCAAGAGGAGCUCAAGCAACGAGAGAGUCACCUCAGUUGGCUUCAAGGCGCUUCGACAGACGCGCAGCGUACAGAGGAAGCUCUGCAGAGCCGACUAGCGGCAGCUAUGAAAGCUCAAAACUUGACAGACGCCAAGCUCGAAGACGCCACGCGAACCGUUAGUGCUCUCCAAGAGCAGUUGAAGUCAAUGACAAUGAAGUUUGAGGAAGGACAGCGCCACAUAGUGACACUGCAGGACGAGUGCACGAAGAAACAAGCGCAUCUGGAUGAACUGAACGCGCUCCAAGAAGAGCUGCUUGCGUCGGUGGACAAGUACGUGAAUAAGGUGAAGAAGUCGCGCGACAAAGUGGAGCAUCUGAAGGUGGAGUUACAGUCUUGCAAAGAGAAGCAGGAGUCAGCGAAAACUCAAGCAGAUGACGCCUCGCGCUCAUCGGGCGAACAGUUAGCAGCUCUGCGCUCGAAAAUCAGUGAAGCGGAGCAGCGUGAACAACAGGUACAAUCUCAAUUUACUGCCUUACAGCAAGAGAAAGCUCGCUUGGAGAGCACCCUUGCGGAGGUGCAGCAAAGUUUGCAGAGCGAAAUCCAAGAGAGCAACGAGCAGCAGCAACAGAUCGCAGCAAAGGAGACGAGGUGUAAUCAGGUGGAGGAAGCUGUUGCCGAGUUGGAGGCCGCCUUAUCGACCGCGCUGCAAAUGAUGCUGAACAAAUCAGCGGAGACAGAAUCACAAGACGCGGCUGAGAUGGAUGAGAACAGCUCUGACUCGGACGAGCAUUCAUUUCUACUUGAUCAAGCUGUGAUCCGAGACCUGCGUGUAUCUUGCUCGACACUGGACUUGACGGCACAAAUGUGCCAAGACGAAAUGGAAAAACGCCACCAGGAAAUUUGUGACUGCCGGCAACAACUGACCGAGCGGACACUGGAAGUCAACGCAUUCGCGAUGCAGGUAGAGACUCUGGAGGGGCAACUUCAUCGUGCUGAGGCAGAGUGUGAAGCCUUCAAUGCACUAGAACAGCAAGUUGCCGACCAAGCAAAGGUUCUAGAAGCUAGAGAGACUUUGCUACGCGAUCUAUCGGCUGAGAACAACCGGCUAGUAGCAGUGGAGAAUGAGUGCUCCGUUCAAGUCGCGGCAAAUAAGCGGCUUACACGGCAGCUUGAAGAUCAGCGAGAGACGAUGAAUGAGCAGCGAAAUUAUUCCGAAGAGUUGGAGCGUGCGCUCGAAAGCGCAGCCACUUUUGCUGAGCAGCAGAACGAGUGCAACCAGCAGUUGAACACUCAGCUUGCACACAUGAAAAACUCACAUCGAGAGCAAGCAGAAAAGCUAAAAGCGCUCGAGGUGCAGAGCGCAGCCUUUUCAAGUCGGUUCCUCGGCCUGGUCAAGCAGUACACCGCCUUCUUACGCCCCACUGCUGCAACGGACCGCAGUCUGCAGGACCUCCUCAACCAGUUCGACGCGGAAGUCCAGAACGGUGACGUUCUGCGUCUGCUUCAGCUCUUCCCGGCUCUGCUGGAACAGUGCAUCUCGACCUGCAGCAGGAGCUCACAGCAGAAUUCACUCAAUACGGGACGUACCACGGCAAUCUCCAACAGCAAGAAGCUCCAACAGCCAGGCAAAUGGUCCAUCGAGAAGCCUCAUGUCACCAUGGAAUCGCCCACGUGGCCAUCGGCACCGCACUCCAAGUCAUUAAUACCUUCCACACCUUCCCCGCUGAAAGUUGCGCACUCGAGAGCCCAUAGCUGCUCGAAUGCAGCGGAGAGGGAGGAGGUGCAACUUGCCGAGCAGCUCGAGCUCAUCCGCGGGGCGUUCCAGAGCUACAAGGAUGGCAUGGACAUAGACAGAUAA